AUGUUCUUUCUCUUCUUCGUUAUCUUUUUCUUUCAUUCUUCUUUUAAUUCUGCUUUCUUCUCUUUCAAACUUUUCUUCUUCUUCUUUUUUUCUUUUUAUCUUCUCCUUCUUUUUCUCCUGUUUGUUCGUCAUCAUCUUCUUUUUACUUUUUUCUUCAUCGUUUGUCUUCUUCCCUAUCGUCUUCUAUUACUAAUUUCUUUUCUUUUUUCAUCUUUUUCGUUCAAUUAUUUUUAUUUUUAUUUUGCUCUUAUUUGCUCCUUCUACCAUCUUCCUAUCUUCCUUUUUUUAUUAACUUAUAUAUUUUUUCUUUUUCUACUUUGCUUCUUCGUUGUCUUUCUUCGUUUUCUUCUUCACCGUCGUCUUUCUUUUCAACUUUUCUCUUCUUCUAUUAUUAUAUAUUUCUUCUUUCCCAUCUUUUUCUUCUUCAUCUUUUCUGCCCUUUUCUUCUUUUAUCGUUUUCUUCCUUUUUGUUCUUUUUCUUUUUUCAUCUUUGCCAUUCUCUUUAUUUUCCUUCUUACUUUUCUUCUUUUUUCUCCUAUUUCUUCGCCUCAUCUUCUUUUUUCCAUCUUUACUUCUUCUUCUUCUUCUUCUUCUUCUUCUUCUUCUUCUUCUUCUUCUUUAUUUCCAUCUUAUACAUAUCUUGUCACUCCCAACCGCUUUGUACAGAACAAUAGACCGAAUUCGAAAUCUCUCUCUCUCUGUCUCUGUCUGUCUGUCUGUCUGUCUGUCUCUCUCUCUCUCUCUCUCUCUCUCUCUCUCUCUGACUGA